CAGGAUCAGGCAGGGUCGGCAACAAGUCAGGCAGAAACAGGAACAGGAACGCAGGUUACAAGAUACAGGGGCCCAUGGAAAAAACACACCACCAGGCACAGACUGCAGGUCUGGCCAUCCCUUAAAUACACCUGCAAUCAGCCCCAGGUGAUGGCUAAUUGCCGAAGUGAACCUCUGGUUGUUGAGAGCACCCGCGGGCCAGCCAUGGUACUGCAGCCCACAAGGCAGGUGAGUCCCACCACUAUUGGCAAGUCCAUUCCUGACAAGCAUGUCCUUGCUGGCAGAGGUCUCUACCCUGUCAGCUUUACUCGAUGAUUGCCGAGUGCCGGCC